GGACACCCCGGCUUCAGGACAACAGAGUGAUGGGUCUGUCUGAACGCUGCUGACCUUCGCCGCUGAUUGGCAGCUCCGUCAAGCAUGCAAGGCUUCUACUCCAAGCUGGACUCGUCGCCCUCGGCGUCCCCGCUGCUGGGGGCGGGGCUCGGGGGGGACGGCGGCCCGCUGCCCCUCAGCCUGGCCGUGGAGACGGAGAAGGCCCAGGCCCUGCUGCAGACCUUCAGCUCCGCCUCGCUGCUGGCCUCGGCCGGACUCGGCAUGUUCUGCGUGGCGGCCGACCACGCCCUGCAGCUGUCCGUCAUCCAGAACCACCUGUGGCUGCGCGCCGCGCUGGACAACGCCACGCACGGCCUGGUGGGGCUGUGGUCGUGGGCGGUGGUCAUCGGCCUGAGGAAGAAGAGCGACCUGUACGAGGUGCUGCUGGCCGGCCUGCUGGCCUCCAUCAUCGACCUGGACCACUUCUACAUGGCCGGAUCGCUGUCGCUCAAGGCCGCAGUCUCCCUCCCGCAGCGCCCGCCCCUCCACUGCUCCUCCCUCAUCCCCGUCAUCUGCCUCUCCCUACGCUUCCUCAUGUGGGUCGGACGCCUCAAAGACGCCUGGUGCUCGCUGCCCUGGAUGCUCUUCAUCUCCAUGGCGACGCACCACGUGCGGGACGCCGUGCGCCACGGCCUGUGGGUGUGCCCGUUCGGCAACACGGCGCCGCUGCCCUACUGGCUGUACGUGAGCACCACGGCCACGCUGCCCCACCUCUGCUCCGUGCUCAUGUACCUGACGGGCACCAGGGACGUGAUCUCCACCAAGCACGGCGUGGCCAUCGACGUUUAGCCCCGCCCACACGCCCGGUGCUUGAAAACACUGGAGGAACUAAAAGUAAUAAGCUCCUUUGAGAAAGGAGCGAGUGCCAACCUUUGAGGAAUCUUUGUAACUCUGCUCACUGAUGCAGGGAGUGGCGCUCGCCACUGAGACGUGUGUGUGUUUGUGUGUGUGUGAGGGACCCUUUAAAGCUCCGACUUGCCUCUCAUCUCUCCACCGUCACGUCCUCGGACCAGAGGGCCGAUCGGUUUCUCGAGUCUGUAGAUGAUCACUUUCACGUCAGCGUUUGUUAUUGUUUUUAUCUGAUACUGGAACUGAAGUGAGAAGACUUUCCUCCUUCUGACCUGCUGAACCAGUAAUGUUCACAUCUCCUGAAAAACGUCUCGUUGCUUCACGUCUGCUUCUACUUUUCAACCUAUUCAUGUUUUCCAUUGAUUAAGUCGAACUUCAGCAUCUGUUUGUGAGUCACAUCUCAGAAAACGGGAAUCAAACUGAAGAGGUUUUUUUCUUCACUCAUACAAACUAAAACGUUAUGAACAUUUUUGUGUUUACAUUUUGAAAUAAUGAAAUAUUUACAGAUGUUGAGUUACUGUAAUUUAUUAUAUUUUAAGCUAUUAUGAAUAAUUUAAAUGUGUAUUUCUGUGAACAUCCAUGCUUGAAUCAAACGGUCUUCAGUACUGUUCUGUUUUUGAUGCACUUCUUUGUCUUUUUUUGCACUUCUCUUGUCAAAUAUUCACCAAAUUUCUGAGUUUUAUCUAAAUUUUCAUACGGCUUUAUUUCCAUUUUCUCAGAUUCUUCGUAUUUGGCUUUAUUUGGGCCCCAUAAUGACCCAAGCCCGUGGAUUUUAUUUAUUUCUUCUCUCUUUUUGAACUUUUACGUGAACCUCUUUGUCUUUUCGCACUCAGAGAACUGUAACAGUCAACAUGAUGAUGUUUUCUCGCAGGGGUUAAACAGUAGGCGGGGGUCAGAUGGAAUACGAAACAGAGAUAACCGUCUCUUUUCUUCCUCUCUGGUGACUCUGAAGCACUCGGGGAGCUCCGGGGCUUCGCAGUGCCUCCAGUGAAACCUGCUUCCUGAGCUGCUCUCAGGCUCUUCCGCUCAACACGAACCAGCCGCUGGUUUCCUCUCACUCUCUCCUGCAGUGUGGACGCUGGAGGGCCACAGACAUUUAAAACACAAACAUUCCUGAACUGUUUUAUUUGACGCCGUAGUGUUCGUGGGUUGUAGAAACAGUGUUAUCUGAAUGUAAAAGGGAUGAGUGUGUUUUUUUUUUUUCUUCUUCUUGAAGCUGGUGCUCAGCGCUGCGGGCUGUAGUGAUGCCUGUUGUCCACUAGGUGGCGACUGCAGUUUCAUCUUGGCGUACAGAUGAGUCUCUUUACUGAGUCAUGAAUUAGAAAUGAGAUCCCGGAUGAUGAGUCAGCUCUAAGUGUGCACUAAAUCAUGUUAUAAAACUUAAAAAACACGUUUUUUUUUUUUUGUUUUUUUUUAUACUUUAUGACACACUUUGUCCGUAGGAGAAAAGACACAGACCAGGACAAACAUUUCUACCAUGAAUGAUUUUUUUUUUUGCAGCUUCUGUUUACAACGUGACCUUCCUCUCAUGCAAUGUUAUGUUGAAUUUUUGCACAUUUUGAGUUUCUACUUGUGAUUGAAUUUAUAAAACACUGGGUAAGGAUGUGUUUGUUUGGCUGAGUUUAGGUUUUAUUCACUCGGAGGUAUAAAUAGUAAACAGGUAGUUCAUAUGUUGACUUUUAUCUCAAUAAAAGAAGAUCAUGUGGAA